AUGUGCAACCUGAAGCUGUCAGUUUUCUUCAUUGCACUUUCUGUCACUCUGAGCUGUUUGGAAGCUACACCUAUUGAGAAAUUAUUAUCUGUGGCUGAUGAUCUAUCUGAUGGUACUUCCAAGAGACAAGGAUGGGUAUUGCCAAUAAUGUCACAGAAUACACCUUCAGGACUUAGUGAGGAAAUGCCAGAACAAGCAGCAGCAAAGACAAAAAGCAGUCACCAUCUGGAGAAACGGAAAUGCAACACUGCCACAUGUGUGACACAACGUUUGGCUGACUUUUUAGUUCGUUCCGGCAACAAUAUAGGAGCAAUUUAUUCACCUACAAAUGUGGGAUCAAACACAUACGGAAAGAGGGACACAGUUGGGCUUUCAAGCAGAGAAUCCCAAAACAAUGCAUAGCUUUAGGGUGUUAAAAUUACUACUAAUAUAGUUUUCAUUAGGAACUCGAUUUUUAAUGUAUCAAUAACCCCUCAGUUAUUACUUGUACAGUCUUAACAGUGCCUUGUUUUCUGUGUAAGCCUGUGUGUGUAUGAUCUACGUUCAUCAUUUCACUAUGCAUGUACAAUGACAUGCAUAGGCUACUGUUUCAACUCCGUUAAGAACUCCAGAAAUCUGCCUGUCAAAUUCCUUUGUAAAAAAAAUAAUAAAAAAAUAAAUGUAUAUCACAAUAAUAAAUGGACAA